AUGGAUGACACUAUGCCAAAAGAAUCAGACGCCAAGAAGAUGGAGAUAGAGUUAGAGCCCAUGGUGAAAAAGGUAGAUGGCGAGAGCGAAGGAAUUGUCCUGAAACAGAACCUCAGCCUCCUCAACGGCAUCACCGUCAUUGUUGGCAGCAUCAUCGGCUCAGGAAUCUUCGUCAGUCCCAAAGGAGUACUACAAGGCUCUGGCAGUGUGGGCAUGUCCUUGAUUGUCUGGCUUCUGUCAGGCGUCUACUCAAUGAUUGGUGCCUACUGCUACGCUGAGCUGGGAACCUCAAUUGUCCGCUCCGGGGCCGAUUAUGCCUAUAUAUUUGAGGCUUUUGGGCCUUUUUUGGCCUUUCUUAGGCUGUGGGUGGAGUGUAUGAUUGUGCGGCCUUGUUCUCAGGCCAUUGUGGCCCUCACGUUUGCCUACUACGUUAUAGAGCCUCUGUUUCCGGACUGUGACCAGCCGGACAUUCCUGUGAGGUUGUUGGCAGUCGUCUGCAUAAUGAUCCUGACGUUUGUCAACUGCUACAGUGUGACCUGGUCAACCCGUGUACAGGAUAUCUUUACCUACGCCAAGCUGAUCGCUCUGGCAUUGAUUAUAGUGACGGGAUUUGUGCAGCUGGGCAGGGGAGAGUUUGAGCAUUUCCAGGCGCCUUUUGAGAAUACGGAGACGGACAUCGGCAAGAUAUCCUUGGCUUUCUACUCGGGACUGUUCGCAUACAAUGGCUGGAAUUAUCUUAACUUCGUCAUUGAAGAGCUGAAAGAUCCAUACAGAAACUUGCCAAAGGCAAUAUCUAUUUCCAUUAUCCUGGUGACUUCUGUGUAUGUGUUCGUCAACAUCGCUUACUUCACCACAGUCAGUCCGGAGGAGGUUCUCGGAGGAGCAGCUGUGGCAGUGAUGUUCUCCAAGCGUCUCUACGGAGUGAUGUGGUGGUGCAUGCCAGUGUUUGUCUCACUCUCCACGUUUGGCGGUGUCAAUGGAAUCCUGUUUACUACUUCCCGAUUGUUUUAUGUUGGUGGCCGAGAGGGUCACAUGCCACAGAUUCUCAGCAUGGUUCAGAUCCAGAGACUGACCCCUAUGCCUGCCUGUCUGUUUAUGGGAGCCCUAUCACUGUUAUAUUUGGCCUCAUCGGACAUCUAUGCUCUCAUCAACUAUGUUGGGUUUGCAACCUGGCUGUCUAUUGGUAUGGCUAUUGUAGUCUUGCUGUACUUGAGGUGGAAGAGGCCAGAAAUGCGCAGACCAAUUAAGGUUGCUCUCAUCUGGCCAAUCAUAUACACGAUCGUCACUGUCUACUUGGUUAUAUUGCCACUGUAUGCUAGCCCGAUCGAAACAGGUAUCGGCUUGGGAAUAAUCUGCACGGGUAUCCCUGUAUACGUCAUCUUUGUGGCAUGGAAGUCAAAGCCCAAAGCUUUCUACAGAUUUAUGG